AUUUCUUCGGCUGGUCAACAAAACCCCGAUAAAAUAAAUUUGGAGUGUUCGAUACAAAGGGUGUGAAUAUGGAAGAGCCUCCUUUGAAACGCGCAAAGCGAGCGACGGACGACGAUCUUUCACGAAACAGCUCCAAAAAUGGAAGAGAUCACGCAAAAUCAAAAUCACGACUUGAUGACGGAGGAGAUAGGGAUGAAGGAGGAGGACGACAACGUCCGAAAAUACAACAGAAAGAUGGUCGCAGGAACGACAGGUCGAGAUCGCGAGAUGAUACAUACAACGACAACAAGCGACAUCGAGAACGAAGUCGAUCUAGAGAGCGAUCACAUCGAGACCGGGUAGAGAGAGGUGGCGGUGCUGCUGCAAGAGAGCGCCAUGUCAAUGGAGGAGACAGUCUAGAGAGGCAUAAUAAGUCGUCACAAGAUUCAAAAAGUUAUCAACGUCCGCGAAAACAUUCCAGGUCUAGAUCGAGGUCACCGGUCAGAGACGGUGGUGCUGCAAACGGUUCGACUAUACGUACGCGAUCACCCCCUCCUCCUCGGCGAAGCGAGAAUGAUCAUCGGGUAAGGAAUCGAGAGGCAACAACCAAGACAGGAGGAGAUACGAGAUCUACACACGGCGCUGCUCGUUCAGGUCAACCGGCUGUCGUCAACGGCGACAGGAUGGCGGUGGAUGAGGCCGACGAAGAUGCACUUUUGAGAAACAUGAUGGGAUUCACGACGUUCAAAUCGACUCAAAACACAAAAGUGCCUGGGAACCAGAUCUACGGCGUGAGAAAGGAAAAGAAGACCGAAUACCGACAGUAUAUGAACCGUGUCGGAGGGUUCAAUAGACCUUUGAGUCCGUCAAGAUGAUUGUAAUAAAAAAAUUGGAUUGGGUUUAGCAAGAACGCAUGAACUCACUGAGAGCUCGCCACGAAGCGUCAUAUUGAUGUCGAUGCGUUGACAGUUGCACCCUCGACGUCGAUCCACCUGCUCCAUGGGAAAUGAGACAACCCCCAAAGAAGCUUACAUACCAACAACUUGUCAGUCUCCUUGGACUUAUGUGUGUGAUAUUCCACAACACAGGCCGUGGUUUGUUAUGAUGAUAUCUCUUGAGGGAGACAAGAGAGGAUUCUACGGAUCUUGUUCGAGAGUCGUGGGAUCGAUAUGACUAUUGAUUGCAUCUCAAUCUACGGAGUAAUGAUAUCAAGUUUGCAGAACGGUGACCAGGUACAUUUCAGUUGACUUUAGUCAUGGAAACCUGUUCUCUGUCCAUCUCAA